UAUUCUCUUUCCCAACUGACAGUCGUUGAUUUUUUCUCCGUCGUUUUCUAACGAGAAAAUGUCUAUUGGGAUGGGAAAGUGCCAGAAAAUUCGCCACAUUGUCCGAAUUCGCCAAAUGCUGAAGCAGUGGCGAAGGAAAGCCCGCAUAACGGCCAGCAACAACAAUAACGGACACCCGCCACCGUCUGAUGUUCCUUCUGGACACGUGGCUGUCUGCGUCGGCACCGGUAUGAGGAGAUUUAUCGUACGCGCCACCUACCUAAACCAUCCAAUCUUCAAAAGACUACUCCUUCAAACCGAAGAAGAGUACGGUUUCAGCAACGUAGGACCAUUAACCAUCCCAUGCGACGAGUCCUUGUUCGAAGAGAUUCUCAGACUCGUCUCCCGAUCCAACUCACCUCCUUUCUCUACUUCCGAUGAUCUUCAGAGAUACUGCCACGUCGGCGUGAAGAAUAAACUCGGUUUUAUUGGCGAAUCUCGACCGUUGCUUCAUGGGGCAUCCGAAAAAUCCGUCUACUGAAAGUACAAAGCAAACAGCUUGAGUACCCAUACUUCUGGGUAGACUCAAAUCUCAACCGAGUCACCCGAGUUGGAAGACCUAACAGUGAAGGAGGUGAAGAUUUUUUUAGGGUAAACUAUAUAUAUA